AUGGAUUCAUCAGAUGAAAAUCAAGUUAUGAAUUCAUCAGAUGAUUUUAGUAAAGAAUUUAUUCGUGCUGAUACAAAUCAUGAUGGAAUUAUUGAUGAAAGAGAAUUUCGAUCAUUUCUUGGACCAGUAAUACAACUUCAAAAGAAUCAAUCACCACAAUUUACUAAUGAAGAUAUUCAAGCAUUUAAUUCAACACCUGUAGUUCAAACAUUAAUUUAUGAAAUUGGUCUUGAUGUUGCUGUUUGUGGUUUUAUAGAUGAUCCAAUAAAAUUUGAAAGUUAUGUUACAGGUAAUGAUAAUACGAAUAAUCAUUCAUAUGGUCUUGGACCAGAUGUUGGAAUUGGUGCACCUGAUAUUGCACCAAAAUUAAUUCAAUAUGAUGCUGCUGGUGCCAUGUUUAAUUAUGCUGAUGUUAAUCAUGAUAUGAAAAUUGAUCCCACAGAAUUUAAUUAUUUAAUGCGUUCUAUCUAA